CUGGCCACCCUGGUGUGAAUGUCACCCACAGUGAUGAUUUUUGCAACGCACACUAAAAUUUUUCAUCGCGGUUGUUCGUUUGUCAAAAAAAAAAUUGUUGUGCCUCUUUCUUUGCGUCCUCGGUUAGCCAAGUUCUGAAAAAACACAUACUUCUAGCGCACACAAUAGUGUAGAUAGUUGCGAAAAAAUCACUGAUAUGGUGCCAUAAACAUUCACUUCCCUGUAAGCUACGAAGAACGGUAAGAAUAAGAAGCCUACUUUCAACGCACAUUCGCGGCGGCCCCUUCAAGGAAAGGGGCGAUAGAACCUGCUAAUCAUGAGUGCAAACGCCGGUGCAGGGGCCACCACUAGUGGUGUAUCAUUGAAUAUGUCCACCGCGCAGGAAAUCGAAACGGUGACCUUGAUAAGCGAUGACUCCGAUAUCGAAAUGACGGAUUUCACUCCGAAAGGAAAGGGGAAGACGGGGUCUGCGCAGGCAGAAAAUAAAGAAGGGGAUGAAGGUCGGCGAAUUAGUCGACGGAAGAAGCCAAGAGUGGAAUAUUCUGACACAAGACCGGCUACGAAUUCGUCAGAUACCGCAAACAAUGAGAAAAAACCGGAGGCGAAAAUGGAAGCCAAGGUCAAAAAACGUGAACCGGAACCUCCGGUCAAGGACGAAAAGGGUGGGGAAGUUGACCCGAAUCCUCAUCGCGAGAUAAUGGCGGGUCUGGAGGGGGCAGCCUUCCAGUCCCGAUUGCCAUUCGAAAAAAUGACUGCUUCGGAAGCGGUUUGCUUUCCGGAAAUUACUAAACAUGGCCUUGUUGCUCAGCGGGUGUUUCUGAACGUGCGCAAUCGAAUUCUGCAGAUGUGGAUCGAGAAUCCAACCUUGCAGCUGACUGUGGAAAACGCAUUAAAAAAUAUAGAACAACCGUUCGAUAGCGAUCCAAAUUUGGUGCGGAAGGUGCAUGCAUUUUUAGAGAGACACGGUUUUAUUAAUUUUGGCAUAUUCAAGCGCUUGAAACCAUUGCCAACUAAAAAACUAGCAAAAGUAAUUGUCAUAGGUGCCGGUAUAUCCGGCCUUUCCGCUGCUCAGCAACUUCAGCAGUUUGGAUUUGACGUAAUAGUUCUUGAAGCCCGGGAUAGAGUGGGAGGAAGGAUAGCCACGUUUCGUAAAAAUUCUUAUACGGCUGAUUUGGGAGCAAUGGUCGUGACUGGAAUAUGGGGAAAUCCCAUUACAAUACUCAGUAAACAGACGGGAAUGGAAAUGUGUCCUAUUAAAACCGCAUGUCCUCUAUACGGAGCUGGAGGAAAGCCUGUUCCUAAGCAUAAGGAUGAUAUGGUUGAACGCGAGUUUAAUCGAUUACUGGAAGCUACAAGCUAUCUCUCCCAUCAACUUGAUUUCAAUUAUGCUGGAAACCAUCCCGUAUCAUUAGGCCAAGCUCUAGAAUGGAUCAUUAAACUUCAAGAGAAACACGUCAAAGAAAAGCAGGUUCAACAUCUGAACAACAUUAUAAGCUGGCAACAGAAGCUGAUUGAGAAUCAGAAAUCAAUUAAAGACACAAUGGAUCGGAUUAAAAACCUUCGCGCAAAGCACAAAGAAUUACUUCAAACGAGGCCAGCUAAACCAAGUGAACUUGACAGUAAGUACAUUGAGCAUGAAUUCAGCAUUCGCCUCACGACACGAGAGGAACAACUCGCUUGGAAAGAGAUCGAGCAACUUCGCUCUAGUCAGGGAAAGAUUGAAUCCAAACUGAAGGAGCUUGAGAAUGAUCAAGUGAGUGAGGUGUAUCUUUCCUCGAAGGAUCGCCAAAUUCUGGACUGGCACUUUGCCAACCUCGAGUUUGCGAAUGCGACACCAUUGAGUAAUCUCUCACUGAAACAUUGGGACCAGGAUGACGAUUUCGAAUUCAUCGGUAACCAUACGACCGUCAAAAACGGAUACUCUUGCGUUCCGAUCGCCCUCACGGAGGGGCUUGAUGUUCGAGUCAAUACGGCGGUGAAGCGUAUCAAGUAUUUUCCCGGUGGAGUCGAGGUGACAGCCGAUCUCAAAUCGAACAACUCCACCGUUCAUUAUAAGGCCGACCUUGUACUGUGCACAUUGACGCUGGGCGUUCUCAAAGUGGCAAUCUCAGAGCAAUCUUCGCAAUUGAACACCGUCCGAUUUGAUCCACCGCUACCAGAGUGGAAACAAUCGGCAAUACAGCGGUUGGGAUUCGGAAAUUUGAACAAAGUUGUGCUGUGCUUCGACAGGAUCUUCUGGGACCCGAACACCAAUCUGUUUGGGCAUGUCGGAAGCACUACCGCUAGCCGUGGUGAGCUGUUUCUGUUUUGGAACAUUUCGCAGUCCCCGGUUCUGCUAGCCCUUGUUGCCGGGCAAUCCGCUGCCAUAAUGGAGAAUGUUUCGGACGAUGUAAUCGUAGGUCGAUGUAUCGCCGUCCUGAAAGGCAUUUUUGGCAAUUCCUCAGUGCCGCAGCCCAAGGAAACAGUCGUCACCCGAUGGCGAGCAGAUCCGUGGGCACGAGGAUCGUACAGUUUUGUUUCGGUGGGAUCAUCUGGAAGCGAUUAUGAUUUGUUGGCAGCACCAGUGACGCCGCGGUUCAGUGGCAGCACCAUCGGAGGGCUGGGCGGUAUCAACGGAGGGGCUUCGCACUCCGGCACAAACGGGAACGACGAUGAGGAUGGUAGCAAGGCGGACAUUCCACGAUUGUUCUUCGCUGGUGAGCACACUAUUCGAAAUUAUCCAGCGACCGUUCACGGGGCAUUGCUUAGUGGCCUGCGGGAAGCUGGUCGGAUAGCGGAUUACUAUUUAGGUUUCCCGAAUACCUACCCGGAUGCACCUAAAGAAGAACCUAAAAAAUAGAGACACCGUCUUUUAGUUUCAUUGAUUAAGUAAGUAACAAUUUAUAAAUUAUUGAUUGAACAAACAAACAAAAAAUCACUUAUCAAAUAUUGUGGUUUGCUAUAGAAUUGCAAAGAGAUAUAGCACACCUAUUUCUACACUGGAUGAAAUUUUAAUUGCAAUUUGAAACUAGAACUAAAAUUUGAGAUUAGAGAAGCUACUCUCUGGCAUUUAAUUAGAUGUGAAAAUGAUGCAAA